AUGAUUGCAAUCCGUCUUGUUCGUAGCAAAUUAAGAAAGCGAGAGGAGCACAGCAACUCAGUCCAUCCCAGCGAUGUGGUCCUCCAAACAGCCCCUGCCAACCCCGUGGUGACCAAGGCGACGGCCCCACAGAACCUGCAGCCUGAUCCCCUGGCCUACCGUGGACAGAUCCUUUGGCAGUAUCCCCCGCCCCCGGUCCCUCAACACCACUUUCUGUACAACAACGAUCAGGAAAAUUGUUGGGCCUCUGUAGCCAACAGUUUAUGUAGCACAGCGUCAGAAGUGAAAGCUAGAUUUAAAAGCCUCAGAGAAAAAUACAGAAGAGAAGUGCAAAUAAGGGAAAAACUAGAACGAAGUGGUGCUGCUGCUUCUACGAGACCUGUUUGGCCUCUUAUGAGUUUUUUCAAAUUUAUGUAUAAAUGUGGUGAGGAAUCGCAGAGGCAGACAACAUCCAACAUUUCUCUUCAAGAUACUACUACUACAUUACAAGCCAGUGAAUCAUAUUAUCAUCUUACUGAUUCAGAUGAAGAAGAAAACAUAGUUGUUCAAGUUGUGGAUGAAAAUAAUGCAGUUGAAUCAAAUAGCAAUACAAAUAAUGAAAACUUAAAUGUGCCUAAAGCUAAGAAAAGAAAAGGAAGAUCGGUAGCAGAAACAACCAACCUUAAAUCAGAAAUAAAACAAAUUGACAAUGUUUUAGUGGACGUUUCAGCUGCUAUAAAUAAUUUAAAUACUAACAAGAAAGAAAAUACUGAUGAUAGGUAUGAACUAUUCUCCCGUUAUAUGGCUUCAGAACUAAAAAAUAUUGGUGAGCCACAUGCAAGCAUUGUGAUGGAAGAGUUGCAGGUGACAAUCAUAAAUUACAAAAGAGAAUUAAGAUCUGACAUUUAG